GCCGGGCGGUGCAGCUGAGAGAUGUACGGUGUCUGUGGCUGCUGCGGAGCUUUGCGUCCUCGUUACAAGAGGCUCGUUGACAAUAUUUUCCCAGAGGAUCCAGAGGAUGGGCUGGUGAAGACCAACAUGGAGAAGCUGACCUUUUACGCUCUAUCUGCUCCCGAGAAGCUGGACCGCAUUGGCGCUUACUUGUCAGAGAAGCUGAUCAGAGAUGUGAGCAGACACCGAUAUGGGUAUGUGUGCAUUGCUAUGGAAGCCUUGGACCAGCUGCUGAUGGCUUGCCACUGUCAGAGCAUCAACCUGUUCGUGGAGAGUUUCUUGAAGAUGGUGGCCAAGUUGCUGGAGUCUGAGAAGCCAGACCUGCAGAUCCUCGGCACCAACUCAUUUGUGAAGUUUGCAAACAUUGAGGAGGACACGCCCUCUUAUCACAGGAGCUACGACUUCUUCGUGUCCCGCUUCAGUGAAAUGUGUCACUCCAGCCAUGAUGACUUGGACAUCCGCACAAAGAUACGAAUGUCUGGCAUAAAAGGUCUUCAGGGAGUAGUCCGAAAGACAGUCAACGACGAACUGCAGGCCAAUAUCUGGGACCCUCAACACAUGGACAAGAUUGUGCCUUCGCUGCUGUAUAAUCUGCAGCAGACAGAGGAAGCGGAAAGCCGCUCCCCUUCUCCCUUGCAAACCACCGAGAAGGAGAAAGAGAGUCCAGCAGAACUGUCUGAGCGAUGUCUGCGAGAGCUGCUGGGCCGGGCAGCUUACGGCAACAUCAAAAAUGCAAUCAAGCCCGUCAUGAUCCACCUGGAUAACCACUCGCUAUGGGAGCCAAAAACCUUUACUGUCCGCUGCUUCAAGAUCAUCAUGUACUCGAUCCAGCCCCAGCACUCCCACUUGGUGAUCCAGCAGCUUUUGGCCCACUUGGAUGCCAACAGCAGAAGUGCUGCCACCGUGCGUGCCGGGAUAGUGGAGGUCCUGUCGGAGGCAGCUGUCAUCGCAGCCUCUGGAUCAGUCGGACCGACGGUGCUGGAAGUGUUCAACACCCUCCUGAGGCAACUGCGCCUGAGCAUCGAUUAUGCCCUGACCGGCAGCUACGAUUGCGCCAUCAGUGGUGGAACCAAGAUCAUCAAGGAGCACGAAGAGCGCAUGUUCCAAGAAGCUGUUAUCAAGACCACAGGUUCCUUUGCCAGCACCCUGCCCACCUAUCAGAGGUCGGAGGUCAUGCUCUUUAUCAUGAGCAAAGUUCCACUUCCUUCUCUGCAUCACCCACUAGACACUGGCAGAGCUGGGGAGAACAGGAAUCGCCUGACACAAAUAAUGCUGCUGAAAUCGCUUCUGCAGGUCUCCACCGGCUUCCAGUGCAGUAACAUGCUGACAGCCCUGCCCAGCUCCUUCCUGGACAGGCUCUUGUCGGCCACGUUGAUGGAAGAUGCAGAGAUCCGCCUCUUUGUCCUCCAGAUUCUCAUCAGCUUCAUUGACCGCCACGGGAAUAAACACAAAUUCCAAACUAUCAGCACCAUCAGUGACAUCUCCAUCCUGAAGCUGAAAGUGGACAAGUGUUCACGCCAGGAUACUGUCUUCAUGAAAAAGCAUUCGCAGCAGCUGUAUCGGCACAUGUACCUGAGUUGCAAGGAGGAGAGCAACGGUCGGGCUCACUACGAAGCUCUCUAUAGCUUGCUGGCGCUCAUCAGCAUCGAGCUAGCCAACGAGGAAGUGGUGGUGGACCUCAUCCGUCUGGUGCUGGCCAUGCAGGAGGUGGCCCUAGUCAACGAGGAUAACCUGCCGCUCUACAACCGCUGUGCUCUUUAUGCCCUGGGAGCCGCCUAUCUGAACCUGAUCAGCCAGCUGACGACCGUUCCCGCCUUCUGCCAGCACAUUCAUGAGGUCAUAGAGAUGAGGCAGAAGGAGGCACCCUACCUCCUCCCCGAAGGCGUGUUUGCUGAGAAACCCAGGCUUUCAAGGAAUUUGGACCGCCUUGGGCCUGAGAUCCUCUUCCGGCAAAGCAAGAUCAGUGAAGUGCUGGGAGGAAGUGGCUACAAUUCUGACAGGCUCAGUACCCCCUAUGUUCCCCAGCUGACAGAUGAGGAUCGGCUGUCGAAAAGGAAGAGCAUUGGAGAGACCAUCUCCCUGCAGGUUGAAGUGGAGUCAAGAAAUAGCCCCGAAAAAGAGGAGAGAGCACCUGCUGAAGAAAUCACCUAUGAAACUCUGAAGAAAGCAAUUGUGGACAGUGUCGCUGUGGAAGAACAAGAGCGGGAAAGAAGACGGCAGGUGGUUGAGAAAUUCCAGAAAGCUCCCUUUGAAGAGAUUGCCGCUCACUGCGGCGCCCGGGCCACUCUUCUCCAAAACAAACUCAACCAGAUAUUUGAGAUCACCAUACGCCCCCCACCAAGCCCAUCUGGUACCAUAACAGCUGCUUACGGACAGCCCCAGAGCCACUCCAUCCCGGUGUACGAGAUGAAGUUCCCGGACCUCUGUGUGUACUGAGAGUCGAACUGCAUGCUGGGGCAAGGUCCAAGUCAUCAGGACCCCAAGGAAUGCCAUCAUGCCACCUGCAUGAGCAAAAGCGGGGCCGCCUGGAGCUGGUGGUGGGCCCCCUUGACCGACUUUCUGAGCAAGAUGGACAGAAACACCCCCUACAUCCAGGCUCUCUAAGCAUAUGUUGUUCCUCUCCUUUCUUCACGCUCAGCUAGUUUUUUCUGUCAUGCAAAAGAUGCAAGUGACAUUCAGGAAGCCUUCUAUGGACAGUGGAGGGUGGGGGAAGAUAAUUUGGCUUUCCUUU